GGGUCAUAAAAGGCAGCGAGCGGGGACCACGUGCAGGAGAGGCACUGGCCCUGUGCCUCCCUGGGGAGAGGGGGAGAAGCCCUUUGCACGGGCCGCGGUACCACAUUACAAACUGAAGAACUGAUUGAUGUUUUGGGGUACGUUUUGAUAAACAACCUCCUCCUGGCCAUUUCUUAUCCAAGAGCCAACGUUUUCACCUUUCUCCGCUAGCUGCUCUGAACGCGUCUCAUCACCAAAAACAAAGCAAUAAGGCAGCCACUAAGAGUUGUGCUACUCGUGAUGUUUUUAAACUGUGACACGGCUCCAUUCCACUCCCUGGGGCGGUGAGUGCACAGCUGACGCACAGGAAAAGCCACCGGGACAGAGCUGGGGCAGCAUAAAGCGUGGGGCAGACGGCAGCCGCGCCUGGGGACACCGCCAGCAGCUCAGGGACCACUUGCACAGCAUGUCCCAAUGGAGUCAAGUUCAGCAACUGGAAAUAAAGUUUUUAGAACAAGUUGACCAGUUCUAUGAUGAUAACUUCCCUAUGGAAAUCCGGCAUCUGCUGGCACAAUGGGUAGAAAGCCAAGACUGGGAGGCUGCAUCCAACAACGAAGCAAUGGCAACCAUCCUUUUACAGAACCUCCUAAUUCAAGUGGAUGAACAGCUAGACCGGGUUUCGCAAGAGAAGAACCUUCUCUUGAUACACAACCUGAAAAGAAUCAGAAAGCUGCUUCAGGGGAAAUACCAUGGCAAUCCCAUGCAUAUAGCAGUGAUCAUCUCAAACUGCUUAAGAGAAGAAAGAAGAAUAUUGGCUGCAGCCAGCAUGCCCGUGCAGGGACCACUGGAAAAGUCCUUGCAGAACUCCGUGGUUUCAGAGAGACAAAGAAACGUGGAACACAAAGUGUCAGCCAUUAAGAACAGCGCCCAGAUGACUGACCAGGAUGUCAAAUACUUGGAAGACUUACAAGAAGAAUUUGACUUCAGGUAUAAAACAAUACAAAGUUUAGAGCAGAGCGACAAAAACAGCGCCCUCAUUAAACAGGAAAUGUUGGCGUUGCAGGCGAUGCUCAAUACGUUAGACUACAAGAGAAAGGAAGUACUAAGUAAAAUAGGCCGUGUCAUCCACGAAAUUGAUAUGCUCAUGAGCAACAUGCUGACCGAGGAACUGCUGGACUGGAAGAGACGGCAGCAGAUUGCCUGCAUCGGGGGUCCCCUCCACGGGGGGCUCGAUCAGCUCCAGAACUGUUUUACGCUGUUGGCAGAGAGUCUUUUUCAAGUUAGAAGGCAACUGGAAAAACUGGAUGAGCUGUUGACCAGACUGACAUACGAUGGGGAUCCCAUUCCAGUACAAAGACCUCAGCUGCUGGAAAAAGUCAAUUUCCUGCUCUACAACCUCUUCCGCAAUUCAUUUGUGGUCGAAAGGCAGCCCUGUAUGCCAACACACCCCCAGAGGCCAAUGGUUCUUAAAACGUUAAUACAGUUCACUGUAAAAUUAAGGUUGCUCAUUAAAUUGCCAGAGCUGAACUACCAGAUCAGAGUGAAAGCAACUAUCGACAAGAACGUUUCAACAGUAAGCAAUCGUAGAUUCGUGCUGUGCGGAACACACGUGAAAGCCAUGAACAUGGAUGAGUCGGCAAAUGGCAGCCUGUCAGUAGAAUUCCGACACCUGCAGCCGAAAGAAAUGAAAUCAAGUGCUGGAAGCAAAGGAAAUGAGGGCCCUCAUAUGGUGACUGAAGAGCUGCACUCCAUCAGCUUUGAAACGCAGGUCUGCCUGUAUGGACUGACUAUCAAUUUGGAAACGAGCUCUUUGCCUGUAGUGAUGAUUUCCAACGUCAGCCAGUUACCCAAUGCAUGGGCUUCUAUUAUUUGGUACAACCUAUCAACCAACGACCCUCAGAAUUUAUCUUUCUUUAACAAUCCCCCUGCCGCCACUCUAAGUCAGCUCUUAGAAGUACUGAGCUGGCAGUUUUCAUCCUACGUUGGCCGUGGACUCAAUUCCGAGCAACUCAACAUGCUGGCAGAGAAACUUAUGGGGCAACAGGUCAGUUACAGUGACUAUCAGCUCUCCUGGGCAAAGUUCUGCAAGGAACAUUUACCUGGAAAGUCUUUUACCUUUUGGGUUUGGCUGGAAGCUAUACUGGACUUAAUUAAAAAACACAUUCUUCCUCUUUGGAUUGAUGGGUACGUAAUGGGAUUUGUAAGCAAAGAGAAGGAACGAAUUUUGCUCAAAGACAAGACACCAGGAACAUUUUUAUUAAGGUUUAGUGAAAGCAAUCUGGGUGGAAUUACCUUUACUUGGGUGGAUCAGUUAGAAAAUGGAGAAGUAACAUUCCAUUCGGUGGAACCCUACAACAAAGGCCGCUUAGCUGCGCUACCCUUUGCUGACAUACUGCGAGAUUACAAAGUUAUCAUGGCAGACAACGUUCCUGAAAACCCUCUGAAGUAUCUGUACCCAGACAUACCCAAAGACAAGGCCUUUGGCAAACACUACAGCUGUCAGCCGAAUGAAGUCUCAAAACCCUCAGACGGAGGAGUCAAAGGUUACGUUCCUUCAGUAUUUAUCCCGGUCUCCAAAAUCUUAAAUGAUUCUACAGAUCCACAUUCUCCAUCAGAUCUUCUUCCCAUGUCUCCAAGUGUUUAUGCUGUGCUGAGAGAACAUCUGAGUCCCACAGCCAUCGAAACUGCCCUGAGUUCUCCUUACUCAACUGACUGAAGUUCACAUACUGGAAAAAUAAGCAACCAAGUGGAUACUGCACGAGCUAGAAGCAUAAUAAAUACCUUUUCUACCAUCGCCGUAAAUCAUUAUUUCCUGGAAACCAUUAUGAUGCUAUUCUUGGGUAUCCUUCUGUUUCAGUUCCACGUAAAACAGACAUUUUCUACCUAGAGGUUACACAUAGCCACCUGGGACUGCUGCCUACACUGAUAAAAGGCCAAAUCCAUCCCCACUAGCAGGUCAUUUGAUUCCAGUGGGGGUCCAGUAGGUAUGAAUUUCUACCUGCUGAAUUACUGACCGUAGAAUUGUAAAUACAACGGUAUAAGAACAGAUUUUUUUUUUUCCUUCUGAUAACAGCAUUUAAGGACAACUAAAGACUUUAAGGUACCUGAGGAAAUCAGUUUUUAUUACAUUUGCUUAAUCAUCUGUUUAUACACCCUCCGUUUAGCUUCUAUUUUAAAGUGAAGAUUCUCACUCUCCAAAUUCAGUUACAUCCAGGGUUUAUUUUUUCCCCCAAGAUAAAUUACCUCGAGCACAGACUGUCACCACAGCAGAAGUUCUGAGAGAGAGGAAGGCAACGCUAGGAAAAACUGGGAUACUAUCUGGUACAUGCAGGCUGGGAAGAACAGUUUCAAAAAACAAUUACCCAAGAGCUACAGCAUUUUCUGUCCACGGGCCAAUCAGUGAUACAUAACAAUGUUACACGCCUGUCAGAGUCUCAUUUCAUGAGCAGGAUAACUUGUUUUACACCGCCUUUGAAAAACGUUUCAUUUCGCUCAUUUUGGCAUAGAUUAAUGUUGGCUCAUGUGUUUGUUUUUCCCAGUAUUAUCCCUCAACAUUCUGCUAAUAGAAUAAUGAAAUGGCAGUUCCAGGGCCAUUGUCUUUCAGGCGUGCAGCCUCAUUCAGAUUUAACUCGUGUGCAAAAUAAAUGGCUAAUGCAUACAAAGCUCUUAGAACAUACAAACAUUUACUAAGUGCGUGAGGUGCAGAUGCUGAAGCACAAAUAAUACAGACAUUUGGGAUGCGAACAAACCCCUUGCAUCAGUCAGACCUAGAUUUCAGUUUCAUUUCUCUUCUUUACUCCCCCCCCUCACCCAUACCACUGACGUUAGCAAGCAACAUCUCUGUUAGAAUGGAGUGAAGUUCUUCUUGGGCAUUGCUGUAAUAUCAGAUUAGAUAUUAAGUGACCAAACAUCUCUGUAGUUCAUCAGGCUCAGAGAUUCCAAGCUAGCUGCAGAGUCAUAUUUCUUCUCGCGAAGCAUCACGCAGAGAUUAUUUUCCUAAAAAAAUGACUAUUGUGUAUAUAUGUCUGAAAACAACUGUAAUUUAUAUGACCAGUAUGAAUAAAAAGAGUUUUUGGCUUACA